AGGCUCCUCCCAAACCAGAAGUAAAAGCUGAAAUAUUUUUUUCUGGGGUCUUCCGUUACGUUGCUCUUAUGAUUGCGGCACGACUACGAAAAUGACCAACAGCCCAAAAUCAGCGUAACACCGCAGGGUUCCUUUUUUUCCGAAUCACACUUCCAACGACUCAGCGCUUGUGAAAUAAAUAUUCCACAGCUCUGUACUAGGAAAUACGACGAUACUCUUGCGUGCUUACCGGUACCGGAGAGAAUCCAACAUGAGCGACACGCUGAAAACUCAGGCUGAUCAGGUCGUUGACCUCAAAGAAUGGGAGCAACGCUGGGAGGAAAACAGAAUUGGCUUUCAUAAUCCACGAGUACACAAGAUGCUGGAAAGUCAUAUUGACAAAGUUUUGGCUGGGCGAACAGGAGUUCGCUUCUUCUUUCCUCUCUGUGGGAAAGCUGUGGAUAUGAAGUGGCUAGCAGACAUGGGGCAUUCAGUGGUUGGAGUGGAAAUCGCCGAAAAAGCCAUUCAACAAUUCUUUAUGGAGAACAACCUGACAUACAGCGAGGAGCCUGUCCCUGCUAUGCCUGGAGUAAAAGUUUUCAGGAACUCCGAGAAAAACAUCUCUGUGUAUAACUGCGAUCUGUACAACGUGUCUAGUUCAGUUGUAGGUCAGUUCGGGGCUAUUUGGGACAGAGGAUCUCUCGUGGCCAUCAACCCAAGAGACAGAGAAAAAUACGCGUCUCUCAUCAUGUCUUUGAUGGCCCAGGACUGCAAAUACCUUUUGUCCACAUUGAUGUAUAAUCCUGAACUUUAUAAAGGCCCUCCUUUUGUUGUACCUGGUGAGCAAAUACCUGGACUUUUUGGAAAACAGUGCAAUGUAGAGCUUCUCCUAUCACAGAACGUCAUCGAAGACAGACACCUGGCUUGGGGCAUAGACUACCUUAUUGAGCAACUGUAUCUCAUCACUCCAAAGAUUCGUUAAAGAUGGAUGAAUUAGCAAUGAUUAAAAAAAAACAAAAAAAUAAAAACCAUGAAUGCAUUGAUCGAUAAAAUACUUGAUCAGUAUUGUAUUAUUUUUCAUCGAAAUCAAGUAUCUUAUUUCAGCAUACAAUAUGGCAUGUUAACACUGUACACAUCAAGUUAAAUAUGUUGAUAUGUGAAUAAAGUCUAUCUCAUCUAUA